AUGGCCGCUGGUGUUGCCUUCAAAUACAGUUGCAGUAGGUACAUAUCAUCACCAGAAUGGGCAAGUCUUCCUCUGCUGCCUGUGUUUUUUAUUCUAGAUAAUUUGUUUGAGCCCAUUGACCAUGUUUCUUUUGCUGCCGUCUGCAAGCAAUGGCGUUCUCUUUCAAAAGACUAUAAUCAAGCAACACAGCGGUGGCGGCAUAACAACCUACUUCCCAUGCUCUUGAUCCCUAAUGAAUAUGAAUGCCAAGGAGGCGGCGGCGGCAAGAAUAGCCGCCUCCUAACGAAAACGAACCACCGAAAAGCAUUAUACAGCAUUGCUGAAGGCAAAAUCUACAACAAUAUUGGAUUGGAAGUGCCUUUUAAAAAGAGGUCUUGUGGCUCUAGCCACGGUUGGUUUGCCACAAUAGAAUUCGUCACAGACCAAGGUCCGAUUAUAGCACUCCGGGACCCUUUCAGAAAUCCGGCAUCGCCUAUUCUUCUCCCUCUCUUGGAUGUCCGACCCACAAAACGAAAUCCGGCAUCGCCUAUUCUUCUCCCUCUCUUGGAUGUCCGACCCACAAAACAAGACAUAUGUUUCUUCGAAUUUUGUAUCAGAAAGGUUAUACUCUCUGCUGACCCUGUUUUGAAUCCAGAUAACUAUAUUGUUGUAGCAGUGUUCCGUAGAUCUAAUAAUAUUUUGGCUUUCAUCCAUAUGAAAAGAGGUCAGAGCCAAAAGGAUUGGAGUUGGAUUAGAACCCCACGUCCGGUCAUGGAUGCUAUAUCUUACAAAAACCAAAUCUACCUAGUUGGAUAUCAGGGAGAUAUUAUGUCAUUAGAUGUUGAUGACCAAGCUUGUUCACGAAUACGAAUAAAGCCACUUACACCUCUGUUCGAAUAUCAGGGAGAUAUUAUGUCAUUAGAUGUUGACUUCCGAACUUGUAGAUCUACAAGAUAUCUUGUAGAAUCAACCAAGGGAGACUUGAUGCAUAUCGAAAGAGUUUGUAAACAAACGCAAGGGGCCUACAAGAAUGUUAUGACUGAAAGCUUUAGGGUUUAUAAGGCGGUGUUCGACGACAAAGACGGAUCUAUUUUACAACAAGUUGAGGUAAAAAGCAUUGGAGAUGAUGUCUUCUUCAUAGGUGACAAUCAUUCAGUCUCUGUUUUGACUUCAGACUUUCAUGGAUGUCAAUCAAAUUCCAUAUAUUACACCCAUGAUUUCUCAUCUUCGUAUUAUAAAAACCAAUACUAUUUGGGAGACAAUUUCCAUGCCGAUAAGCUAUAUGACGAUAUGCCAUGUCGCGAUAUGGGUAUCUUUAAUUUAGAGAGCGGAACCAUCACACAACAUUUCUCCUUAGAUCCUUAUUCUGAUUUGCAGGGGUAUAUACCGCCUGCAGUCUGGGUUGUACCCCAGUUUAAUGGACUCUGCUAG